AACUAGCCCGUUCAUAGUUUGUCUGGGUACAAUUUUUUAUUUAAUUGUAGACCAACUCGGUUUUUUUUUUAAAUGAUUCUUCUCAAAAAAAGACAUUAAAUUAACGAAAAGAUUGUGCUCAACAUAAAUUUUAAUUAACCAUGGUUAGUUCCAUACAUAAGGAAUGGUCACGUUCCAUUAUCUGCAGACCCAAGGAUAAUCUAACAACCGAAGCCGGCUUACGAGCCCAGCAAAGUACAAUGGCGCCAAGCACCGAGAGUGGGAGUAUUCCCACCUCGAUGGGCAUGCUCUUAGGAGGGGAGUACGCGCGGAUUUGGUUGCAGGAUCGCGAUCGCUUUCAGAAGAAGUUCUUCCAAUCAAAGCCCAAGAUCAUCCCUAACGACUUUGAAUGGUGGAUUAAGCUGCGGAAAACUAACAAGUGUUUUUGUACCAAGUGAGAGCAAAAACACUGUUACUGGCCAAAAGCUUUACGUUGAUAACGGUAUUAUCGAAGACACACACCAUUUCUGUGCAAGCUUUUGACUAUUAAAAUCACGAACAUUUUUGGAGAGGGGAGUGCCAUGGCUCGCUAUCUUUUUUCUUGAAUCGGCGACACUUGACUAAUGCGCAAUUCCCUGUAUGAAAAAAAACAUUGAAACAUUUACCUCUCUAACGGUAGACCAUAUUUAUACAUACAAUGUUUAUACACAGUGCGUAACUUAAUAAAAUGCGUAAGCUAUGA